AUGGCUGAAGAAGUGUCCGACUGGAAGCCCAUCUGCGUGGCUUCGACGCAGGGCAAUAACAGCCCCCGAAGUCUUGGGCCAAAUGCAGGGAGGCCUGGCCAUGGAUAUUCAGGUUACUCACCAUCAAACUAUUUCAAAGGCGCACAGUGGUCGCCCGAUGGCACGACUCUUAUGACUGAUUCAGCAGAUCACCAUAUCAGAACAUUCAUUUUGCCACCAGACCUCUUGGAUGAGAGAGCCUCACCACACGAAUUGUCUUCGUAUUCUACCUUUCCGUCAGCAGAGCCCACAUAUGCCACCGCCAUAUACCCCUACUACUCGCUUCAAGAUCCGUCUACUACAUUAUUUCUCUCCUCAGUCCGAGAUCACCCGAUUAAACUCACGUCUGCUCUUGCUCCAACCACUAUGGCAACUUAUUCCCUAAUUCAUCCGACCACUGAGGCCUUCAUUGCGCCGCACACCAUAAUAUACCCUUCUAUGCUUGGGGGCACGCAUUUUCUCACGGGGUCAGACAGUCUUAUUUGCUUGUUUGAUAUUUCCCGGCCAGGGAAUGACGGCCCUGUCUCUUGGAUGCCUACGAUUCCUAGUAAACGAAAACAGAUCGUGGGUGGAGGUAUCGGUAUGAAGGGUAUUGUGUCAGCGAUGGCAGUCAAUCCAGUCGGAGAUGGUAUACUUGCCGCAGGUACCUUUACGAGACAGGUCGGCCUUUAUGAUUCCAAUGGAUCCGGACAACUUCUAGGCACUUUCAGCGUCGCCAAGACAGAGGCUAAUCGCGAGAUCGGUGGUCGAGGAGUCACGCAACUUCUCUGGAGCCCGUGUGGAAGGUAUCUUUAUGUUUCUGAGCGAAAAAGCGACGGAGUGCUGGUUUAUGAUAUUCGUGUGACGGGGCAACUCCUUGGGUGGCUCCGAGGCCGCAAGGCAUUCACGAACCAACGGAUGAAUAUGGAUGUCGUGCCGUCAGGUGACGGCGAUUUCCAUGAGAUCUGGGCUGGGGCAACCGACGGGUUCAUGAGGGUCUGGCGGAAUCCCACCCAUACGGCUGGUGGCAAAGAUCCUGAUUGGGAAUGGAAGGUUCAUAACGACUCUGUGACUAGUACUGUGCUCCAUCCAAUGGGAACUGUGGCAGCUACAUGCUCGGGACAGAGACACUAUCCGGACGAUGCCAGUGAUGAUAAGAAUAGCUCUUCUUCUACUGUGGAGAUUGACAAUACCUUGAAAGUCUGGUCAAUGCCGUUUCUUGGAACUCAGUCAGAUGGCUAG